AUGAAGAGGCAGGCCGGCAGAGAGAGUCCGUCCAGGGCCGCCAAACGCUUCCGUGAGCGGGACCGGGAGCGGAGGGAGGAGCUGCCUCCGCCUCCUCUGGCUCUGCUGCUGGCGGAGAGCCGAAGCUACCACCGCAGGAGCCGCAGCAGGGAGAGGGACAAGCCACGGCCGGCUCUGGAGCUGCACCACCGGCAUGAGCUCAGCCUCCUGGGCCGGCCCCCCCCUCCUUCCUCUUCCUCCACCUCCUCCUCCUCCUGCACCACCUCCUCCACCAGGCCGGGCACACUGGAGUACAAAACCCUGCUCAUCAGCAGCUUGGGCCCGCAGGUGUCUGACGAAGACGUGGAAGACGCUUUAUUUCACGAGUUUAAGAAGUUUGGGGACGUUAGCGUGAAGUUGUCUCACACGCCCGAGCUCGGACGCGUCGCCUACGUCAACUUCAGGCACCCUGAGGACGCGAAGGAGGCGCGGCACGCCAAAUCCUCCAGGUUGGUGUUGGGGGACCGCCAGCUGAAGAUCGAACCGAUGUACGUGAGGAGGCGGAGCGUGACGCCGCCAGAUGUGAGUUAUCUUCCUGUGCACGCUCCGUACCCCUACCGGCAGCGCUCCCUCUCCCCGCCGACGCCGGGCGCCAGCACCAUCAGAGACAUCCGGGCGAGACACUACGCUCUGGAGACGCUGGGGCUGAGCAGAGAGAGGGAGAGGCUGCUGGAUUAUUAUGGGAUGCUGGAUGAACGAGGGCGACCUUAUGGUUUCCCGCCGAUGCCCGUCGUAGAGGAUUUAAAACCGGAGGACGACCAGCGAGCGACGAGCAACCUCUUCAUAGGAAACCUUGAUGGUAACGUGACGGAGGCGGAGCUUCGGCGGGGGUUCGAUAAGUACGGCAUCAUCGAAGACGUCGUGAUUAAACGUCCGGCUCGCGGGCAAGGAGGGGCGUACGCUUUUGUGAAGUUUCAGAACCUGGACAUGGCUCACCGCGCCAAAGUGGCCAUGCAGGGGCGACUGAUCGGAGGAAACCCCAUAAAGAUCGGUUACGGGAAAGCCAACCCGACUACCAGGCUCUGGGUGGGGGGGCUCGGCCCGGGGAACUCGCUCGCCGCCCUCGCCAGAGAGUUCGACCGCUUCGGCAGCAUCAGGAACAUCGAUUACGUGAAGGGGGACAACUUUGCUUACAUUCAAUAUGAGAGUUUGGACGCAGCUCAAGCCGCCUGUACUCAGAUGAGGGGGUUUCCGUUGGGCGGCCCCGAGCGGAGACUCAGGGUGGAUUUUGCAAAAGUUGAGGAAAGCCCCUCUCGCCCGUUUCCGCUUGGUUACCAGCCGCCUGUGCCGCUCCCCGCCCACUACGAGCUCCUCGGGGAGGCGUACAGCCGCCACCGCAGCCUGGAGAGGGAGCUGAGGGGAACGAGGGAGCGCUCGUCGCCCCCCUCCCACAGCAUCGCCCCCCAGAGGGAGAGAGAGCGCGCCCUGCUGGAGAGAGAGAGAGACUUCCCCACCAGCCCCACCCGCAGCCUGGAGAGGAGGGGGGCGGCGUCGGGGGGCGUGGAGGCGUUCGGGAGGAGCGGGCGCGCAGCGAGGAGCCGCAGCCGGGAGCGCUGGCUGAAGGAGCGCGAGGAGAGGAGGAGCAGGAGGAGGAGCAGGAGCGCCUCUGCUGAGCGGCAGCCGGAGGAGCGGGAGUGGGAGAGGGAGCGGGAGCGGGGGAGGUCUAGGGUGCGAGCGCCGGGAGGGGCGGUGUCUCCGGACGCCAGCCCCGACCGGGCGCGAGUUCGAGCACCAGACUCCACCACGGAGCCCAGAAGCCACUCCCCUGACAUCGGCGCGGGGGGGCGCCACACCUCCUCCUCCAACACCAACAAUGAAGAAGACCCCCCGUCGGGCCGCCACCACAGCAAACGCUCCUCCAGCGAGCACCUCAACAACCACCACCACCGAAACAGCGAGGUGAUCGCCGCCGGCUCGCCCGCCGCCCACACGGACACGCACACCUCGUCCUCGCCCGGCUCGCUGUCGGAGUUCGCCCAGGCGACGCUCGCCAAGACGUGGCACGGCUUCUUCGCCCUGAAGAACAGCAGCUUCCCCACCGAGCUGUUCCUGCUGGAGGGCGGCGCCGCCUUCUUCAGCGGCGUGAUGCGGGACAGCCUGAAGCAGCAGCCCAGCCAGCUGAAGAUCGCCCAGCGGCUCCGCAUGGACCAGACGCGGCUGGACGAGGUGACGCGCCGCAUCAAACUGGGCCGGCCCGACGGGUUCGCCAUCCUGCUGGCUCUGCAGGGGCCCGUCGACCGCCAGGCGCCGGCCCCCGAGCCCGGCCUGCAGGUGCGUUUGCUUCGCCACCUCGUGACCUACCUGCGGAACAAGGAGGCGGCCGGCGUCGUGAGUCUUCCCGCCGCUAAGGAAGGCGGGCCGGGGGCGAUGCUGUACGCCUUCCCCCCCGGAGACUUCUCCCAGCAGUACCUGCAGGCCGCCAAAAGGACUGUGGGAAACCUGGACGAGGAGCACAUGGUGAUCGUUAUCGUCAAUGACACUAACUGAUUAUUGAUUAUUACACUGAAGAGGACACGGACACUUACAGGCAUGAACACGCAGGACGAGCUCGGUGACUUCAUUUACUUCCAAGUUGUUUUUAUGAAAGACGUUUUUAUUGUUUUAGCCAAUAUUCUUUAUAAGUGAAACACAACAAAAAAUUUACACUAUAUCUCUUCUUUUACUCCCUCGUUACUUUUAUCCUCCUCGCU